CCAACCCUACUCUCGCUAUAUUCCUCCUCCUCCCCACAAUCACUCCCUUUCCUCCUUUUGCUUACUCUGUCCAAACCUUCCUCAAACAUACAUACAUAUCUCUAUCUCUCUUUCUCUCUUUCUCUUGUCCCCUUCGGUCUUAAUCACGAUCUUCUCUACUUAUAGAGCCCUAAAGCCCAUCGAAGAAAUCGAUAAUAAGAAGUUAAAGUGGAUCGAAGACAUGGGAAGAGGCCACUUCCUGGUGAAGCAUCGAAAGAGGAGGAGAAGGAGGAGGACGACUUCGCCAGCUACGAGUCUUCCUUGUCCGAAACCGACGUUUCAGCCAUGGUCUCGGCUCUCUCUCGAGUCAUAGGAACGAGCCACCACGAUGGCCAUAGGCCGCAGCAACCUGCACCCGAAGCCGUCAAAGAGGAGCCUGCACCUCAGUCGACUCCUGAUCAAGAGAAUACUAGGAGAAGGCAUUAUAGAGGUGUGAGGCAAAGACCUUGGGGAAAAUGGGCGGCCGAGAUUCGAGACCCAAAGAAAGCAGCUCGAGUUUGGCUGGGGACGUUCGACACAGCCGAGGAUGCAGCCAUUGCAUAUGAUAAUGCAGCUCUGAGGUUCAAAGGCACCAAGGCGAAGCUCAACUUCCCCGAGCGAGUUCAACACCAACCCCAUGAGUUCGCGCGUUUCAUGGGCAGUAGUAGCAACGUUAAUCUCCGUGGACAAGUCAACAACCCCCCUCCGCCUCCACCUCCUCAGCAGCCGCCACCUCCGAUGAUGUCCCAUGAUCAGCAGUCGACAUAUUACCCGGACUUGAUCCAGUACGCGCAGAUCCUCUCGAGCAAUGACACAGAAUUUCCUCUCCUUAUGUCAAGCUUGUUGAGCCCUCAAGAUCCCUAUUUUUAUCACCAAAGUGGUUUUGGUUAUUCACAGUCGAGUUCGUCUCCAUCGAUGUCGACUUCCUCUAGCUCGGACUUUCAACGGCAAGGGAAGGAGUUUGACCCAAGGAACCAGUAAGGUGAUCGUUAGGGCCCCAAACAUUAAAACCUAAUGUUUUUACUGGGAUAGAUUUAAUAAUUCUUCGUGUAUGCAUGACGGUUGCUAAAAGUUAGCUUGGUUUUUAUCAAGCUAAGGGCUUGUUUUGAUUUUGAUUUUGAUUUUGAUUUUUUUGUUAUGGCUGGUGCCGAAAUUUCUAGGUAAUGAGAUCAUGAGAGUGUCAUCGUGUGAAAUUGAAACCCCUAUUAGGUUUCUCGGAUGACAGGAGAAAUUCUUCUGUGAUCAGAUUAUCUAAAAAUUAUUUAGUUCCCGAA